AUGAUCUGGAUCAUCGCAUCGCGUAGCUCAAGUUCUCCCCACACUACCAUUACCCCGUUCGACGUCAAGUCGUUCACCACGGAUCACUUCCAGCAAUCAUGGCCUCCCACGCCCCUGCCCACACAGCCUUCGGCUCCCAGUUUGAACAACAACAACAGCAACAACAGUGUAUUGGAGGACUUUGUACUCUAUCCUCAACCAAGUUCGCAGCCUCGUCGCAGAGUCUCGCGUCCGCUCGCACAUCCGAGUAUUGCCCUUAAGCCGUCUGCUUUGCAGCCCUUUUUGGCCCAAAACAACCCUCGUCGGCACUCUUUCAGCCUGCAGUUGCACCGCCAUCUUCAGCAGCAGUUCUCUGGUUCUCCUGUUCAAGACCCCAGAGUAACCCAGCUUGCCCGGUCUCCUUCUUACUGGUCUCAACCUGUGAAGCACUCUCGGUCCCAAUCGACCGCCGUGCCUACCAACUCACCUCAUCGUCCCUCCAACCGAUCGUUUCACGUCGGUAAUCAAAACGAAAAAAGAAAACAGUACAUGCAUCAAUAUCGCAGCAACAUGUCAUCUCCCAACUACCAAGGUAAACAUUUACUCCACGUUCCCCACCGUUACCCCUCGAUUUCCUAUUCAUCCUCCCACCUUUCUCAUGCCCACAUCGCUCACGCACAACCUUCAGAACAAGAUCUUCUCCUGUUCGAUCUCCCAUCAACCGGCAUCAUGGAUGCCAACUCCUGGGAUGCUGUUCUCGGCAGCGACGCCUCACCUGAGGCUCCUGCCGGGACCAUCUCUCCCAAGGAUCUCAUGAUGGCGAACUCGAUGCCUCCAUCCGCCACCUUCACUGAUAUGAGCACCCCCGCUUUGGACUCUCCUGGUGACUUCAGUGACCACCCCUCUCCUCUCUUCGAUGACUUUUCUGGUCCUCCUGAGAGCUGGGGUUCCCUUUUCGGUGGUCACGCCAACGAUCCAUCUGAUUUCACUAACUAUGGUGGUCCGGAAUCCUACAUGGCUGCUUCCUCUCUUCCCAUGUUCAGCCCUGUCGAGACCAAGAAGGAGAUUCAGUCUUUCGAUCUGUCGCGUGCUGGAGUUGCCCUUUCCAUGGCACCUCCUGCCCUGCCUGAUGUGACUUGUCUCAAGGCGCACCCGUCCAUUGAGAUGUCCCCUCCUCCUAAGCCUGCACCCAAGGCAUCGCCUAUCUCUGCCACUGGCAGCAGCAAGCCGUCCGCUGUGGCUGGCAUUUCUCGCCAGCGGAAGGAGCUAUCACCUCUCGAUUUCGACCCGAGUGAUCCUGCUGCUGCCAAGCGCGCUCGCAACACUGAGGCUGCUCGUAAGUCUCGUGCCAAGAAGCAGCAGCGCCAGGCGGAUGCUGAGUCUCGCAUCGCCGAUCUCGAGGAUGCGUUAAGGCAGCGUGAUGAGGAGGUUGCUCGCCUUCAAGCCAAGGUCCAGGCUCUUGAGGACGCCAUGUCUCAGUGA